GCUUUCAAAAUGUCAUUUGAUAAAUCAAAACAACUUUAUCUGCCCGUUCUACUGCUGAUAAACUAGGUUGAUAAACGCAAUAUAUGUUGUUACGAACACAGAAGAAUGGUGUUAUUAAAUAUGAACUAGUAAAACUAACUUGCCGGAAUGCAUAAAAAAGUUUAUUCCAAAAAUUUGAGUUUAGUUCCUAGGCUAGUAAAACUAGCACACAAAUUCAAUCGGUUUUAUCUGGAAGGCCAGGGAAAAAAUGAAUGUAAACCAUUUAUAGUGGAAGGUCAUCAAGUUGGACUUGUAAGAAUGGAUUUUGUUGAUUUGUUGAAAAAAUAUCCAGAGGUGUUUGAAAUCAAGUCAAAUUCUGUUGUGCUUAAUCCAGCUUUCAGAGAUUACAAUGAAAGAACCAAAAAAGUUGAAAGUGUACUAAUGGAAUGCCGUCAAAAUAAUUCUUUUAUUGCUUUGAAUGGAUGGAGAGAUGAAUAUUAUGAGAUAAGACCGGUAUUUUCGUCUGAGCCGCUUCUGAAAAUGGACAGAUCGGCAACGUGUCUUUUUGGCAUCUGCAAGUAUGGUGUAGAUAUCAAUGGGUACGUGCGUCAUCCUGACAGAGGAAUCUGUAUUUGGCUUCAAAAAAGGUCUACUACCAAGCCUACUUGGCCUGGAAAGUGGGAUAACAUGGUUGGUGGUGGUUUAUCUGAAGGUUUUGGCGUUUUGGAGACUGCUUAUAAAGAAGCAGAAGAAGAGGCCUCAAUACCAUCUCAUUUGUUAAAAAACCUUUCAUCUGGAGGCUGUGUUUCGUUUUUCUAUGAGUCAGAACAAGGUCUCUUUCCAAAUACAGAAUUUGUUUAUGAUCUGGAACUUCCACUUGAUUUUGUACCAAAAAAUAAUGAUGGAGAAGUAGAUACGUUUCAGCUUCUCUCUACUCAGGAGUUGUUGGAGCUUCUUUUUUCUACUGAUUUUAAAACUACUAGUUGCCCUGUUGUUGUAGACUUCCUUAUCAGACAUGGUGUCGUUACUCCUGAAAAUGAGCCUGAGUAUCCCAGGCUGGUUGAGCUGCUACAUGUCCCCCUCCAAUCUAUCUACCGGCACAACGUCAAGUCUAACGGAGCUCUCUAAUCAUUAUGGUCAACUAUUUUAUUUAUUCAUUUUAUAUUUUGUAAAUAGUUCCUAAUGUUUCAAAUAUGUGAUUUUGUUGCCCCUAACUAGGAAAAAAUUUAGUUCAAUCACACUUGCUUGUUUUAAAAUGCUUCAUGGAUUUAUUUAUUAAUAUUCAUUUUAGUGAAUUUAGUUGUUGCUUUUUUGAAUGCUCAA